UCGACUGCACGGCUUCUGGGAUGGCUGCUGUUUUGUAUCCUCGGGGCCAAAAUAAGACCUUUAAAGACUGCCUUCACCAACGAAGGUCGUUCUCAUCCAUGAAGGGACAGAACGACUUCCGGUUCAGCCGAGGACCGAGGAGUCGAGGAGCUAUCUGAUAAGGGUAAUGGGAUUCAGCCCAUGUGAUGACACCUCCAACGCCAAUAAACACACAGAAGAAGAAGAAGUUGAGCAGGCUGAUAACCACGCCGAGGGAACUUUUUUAAAACAGAUGGAGGUAUCAAGACGAAGGAUCCUCCAAAAACAUCUGGAGCCGGCAAGACCCCUGCGCCGCUGCAUUCAUGCUGACAGUGAGCCCAUAAUAAAUACUGCCACAUGUGGACAGGCACUGAUGGAGGAAGAGGAUCAAGAGGCAAAUAUUGGCAUAGAGCAGUUCUACAGGAUUGUCAACCUCCACAAACGGAAAGAAGGCAGAAUAUGUUACACAAGAGAAUUUUUAAUUGGUCUGGCGAGUUCUCCUGAGGCCAGAAAGAAGCCGAAAUUCUUGCCAGAGCACCCCAUAGUCCUAAUGGAGGCAAGAGAUCUUGGGCACCUAAGGCUUCAUGAAAUGAGAUGGAAUGGGGGGAAAGAAGACACGGACGCAGAAAGUCAUCAAUCGCCUUAAGACAUUUGCACAGGUGUUCACUUCCCAAAGAGUGUUUCCGUUGUUUUUUGCUGAGAAAUUAGUGAAUUUAAUUUAAUUUAUGACAUUUAAAUUUGCAUGUUCAUUAUUUUUGUUUGAGACUGUUAAUAGUUUGCAGUGAAGUUGCACAAAGUAAUAAUACUAAACACCACUUUAUGUGCUGAAGUGAGUAUUGCAUGUUUACAUUUUCUACUGUGAAAGUUUGGCUGGAGUGAAGUAUUUAAAUUUGUUUAAAAAAAAAAAGACUUACAACAUUAACAGCUGUUUGUCAGCUGUGUUGGUAAUGUUGUUUACUGGGGGGGGGGGGGGGGGGGGCAUUUAAUGCAGACUCAUCAUCACUUAUAUUAGUGAUGAAACAAACCCUACCUGAAGUGACAGUGGUUGAAAUGAUGAAUGUUUGUCAUUAGCUGGGAUUACGUCAGAAUUUUAAUUUAAUGUGUCGUACUAAAUAUGUUAACUUCUCUUAUAAAGGAAAGUUUGGCUUAACA